AUGCCUCAGCAACCCGCCGCCGCCUCCAGCCUCAAGGACCUCUUCUCCCUCAAGGGGAAGGUGGUCGUCGUCACUGGCGCCUCGGGCCCCAAGGGCAUGGGCAUCGAGGCUGCACGAGGAUGUGCCGAGAUGGGCGCCGACGUGGCCAUCACAUACGCAUCCCGCAAGGAGGGCGCCGAGAAGAACGUCGAGGAGCUCACCAAGGAGUACGGCACCAAGGUCAAGGCCUACAAGUGCAACGUGGGCGAGUACCAGCAGUGCGAGGACCUGGUGCAGCAGGUCCUGAAGGACUUUGGCAAGAUUGAUGCCUUUAUCGCAAACGCCGGCGCCACGGCUAACAGCGGAAUCAUCGACGGGUCCAAGGAGGAGUGGGACCGCGUCAUCAACACCGACCUGAACGGCACGGCCUACUGCGCCAAGGCCAUCGGCGCCGUCUUCAAGAAGCAGGGCCACGGCUCGCUGGUCAUCACCGCCUCCAUGUCGGGCCACAUCGCCAACUUCCCCCAGGAGCAGACCUCGUACAACGUCGCCAAGGCCGGCUGCAUCCACAUGGCCCGGUCUCUGGCCAACGAGUGGCGCGACUUUGCCCGCGUCAACGCAAUCUCCCCGGGCUACAUCGACACGGGCCUCAGCGACUUUGUCGACAAGAAGGUCCAGAAGCUGUGGCACGACAUGAUCCCCAUGGGCCGCGACGGACUCGCCAAGGAGCUCAAGGGCGCCUACGUCUACCUUGUCUCUGACGCCAGCACGUAUACCACCGGUGCCGACCUCGUCAUCGACGGUGGCUACACCUGCCGGUAG